CUUUCGAACUUGAAGAUCAUUACCUGGCCUGAUUCAUUCAUUCAUCUCAUAUGUACUGUACUGUACCAGUAGUAAGAGGAAUUGAAAGACUUUCAAGGUUUCUUCCUGUUGCGAGUUCGAGAGAGUAGAGGCUUGGGUUCGUUUUUCUUUUGACGCUGUUUUCAAGGCUUUCUCACCCGUUCCAAAAAGAUGAUCGACACCGACUAUGGGUUCCUCGAUGCCCAGCUUCGCAUGUUGGGUGAGAAUGAUGAGCAAUUUCGAACUCUCUCACUCAAUCUAAAUCGCAUGGAAAAGGAUUUUUCGCAGCAGCUAGCUCACUGGAGAGAAAGUCUCUUUAGCUUUAGUGUGGCCCAAUGGUUGGAAGUCUUACGUUUCAAUACUACAGUCGAUACCGUCACGGUAGAUUUAUCCCUGUCGGAAACUACCAUUUGGAAAAAGGACCACCUCAAAUGUCUCAUGAUCGCCAUUGGAUGUCUUCCCAAACUGAAACGACUCGUCAUUCGACAAAAUAAUCUCGGACAACCCAGACGUCUGGCACCCGUCCAAGCCAUUGUGGCGGCUGUACGACGAGCCCAUCAGAUCGAGUGCUUGGAAUUGUGGGGCAAUGAAAUAAUUGUCCCAAGUGUCCAAAAGCCCUUGACAGAAUUGACCCAAGUCAUUCUGGAGGAAUGCACUCAAUUGAAAAGUUUCAAAGUGGCAGGAUUCCAUUUGAAUCACAAUCAUGUCGCCAUGUUUACACCCCUCAUGACUCUGCCACAUUUGACAGAAUUUGGUCUGGGAAACACCAGCGACGGCUUUGAGCCAGUGGCCAAAAUGCUUUCGAGUUGCCCCAAUAUCCGAACAUUGACGCUUUCCUUUGUGGAUCAACUCGAAGAUGCCGAUUGCAUGGCAUUGGUCCAAGCACUGAAACGCAAUCAGCAGCUACAAAUCUUGUCGUUGCUCAAUACCGAGAACAACGCUAACGCCAGUAGUGGUAUCAGUCCACGAUGCCAACGUGCCCUGAUUCAAAUGUUGGAACACGGCAACAUGACCUUGCAGGAACUGAAAACACGGGGAGAUGUCAACGCAGAAAUCCAAUUGUACCUCAAACUCAACCGAGCGGGAAGACAAGACUUGUUUCAACAACAUGACAGCUUGCCCUCGCGGGAACUGUGGGUCGAUACGCUAAUUGCAUCGAGGGAUGACCUGGAUUGCUCCUUUUAUUUCCUCACCAUGAAUCCAUCUAUUUGUGCUACAUGAUGCAUCUAUCCGGUCUACAUUCUCGUUGCCGCCCCAUUGAAUGACUGUGUGUUUUGUUCCAGCUCGGGCGAGCAAAGUCGAACACUCCUACUACCUUGUGCUUGACUGACACCAACUGCCAGUGCUCAUCAUGUCAUCAGCCUAUAUCUGUCAUUAAUCUACUUACUUUGCCAAUAAUCUGCUGUAAAUC